AUGCAUAAACUGAAGCCUGAUCCGCCAGACGAUAAUAGCCCUGGACACUUACUUCUGCAUUCUGUUUUGACGACUGUGGAAAGCCUGUUCAUGGUAUGUGCUUUGACAGCUCUCCGAGGCCUCCGGAAUCCUGGUCUGUGGAGGCAGCAGGACACAGAAGAAGAUAAAGAAGGUGCCAUAGCCAAACGCAGGAAGAACAGAAUGCUGCAUAUGCACGAAAGUGAUGGAGCAGAAGCUACUAAAAAACUUUACUGGGAAAUCAGCAUAUCUCUACUUUUUGUCUACGUCGUACUCUACCUUUGCUUGUUCAAGGGAGUCAAGUGGCUGGGCAAGUCAAUACCUUCACGGGUCGUAUCCUUGAUUAAACACGUAUUACUUGAGCAAAUUGUGGAAGCCUGCUGCCUCUCAAGUCGAGUUCUAGAACUAUUUGGCCAGAAUGCCGAAUUUCGCUGGCCCCCGCCACUUUUGUGCGCCUGUCUCUGUCCUUGCUAUUCCUUCAUAGUCUCUGUUCUACCACCGGCUUUACCCGUCCAGUAUCUUUCUUCAUAUUACCUGUCUCCAAUACCUGUUGCCGAGGCAUAUCCGGGUCAAUAUGCUCAAUUCUUUAUCCCAGAAUUCUACAUCCGUUAA